AUGUCCGUGGAUGAAAGUCGCAGCUCGACCCCAUUGGUUUCCACUAGCGAAUCAUCUUCACCAGCGGCGUCAUCCUCAUUACCCGACAGUCAAGGAGCCUGCUUUAAUGGCGGUGUUGGCGAGAAUGCUAGGGUGGAAAGUCCAUCUCAUGUUGUCAGUUUACCGAACAACAUUUAUAUGCAUCGCAUACAAUCUGCUUCACCUGCAGAUGACCACCAGUUCAUUAGAAGACCAUUGAACGCUUAUAUGAUAUUCACCAAACAAGAACGGAAGAAGUUGCUGGCUUUGAAUCCAAAUAUGAAAAUGCAUGAAGCAAGCAGAAUUAUGGGUGAAAAGUGGAAAAAUAUGAGUGAAAAGGAAAAACGACAAUAUUUUGAGGCAUCCAAGCAGAACAGGCUGGAUCAUAAAAAAGCUUUGAAAGACAACCCGAAUUUGGUUUACCAUCCACAACGGAAAAAAUUAUCCAAAAUCCUCAUGAAAACGGAGCCAUCAAAUAUAACCUUUGAUACUGCACCAAGUGCACCACUGAAUAAUGGAGGUGCAACACCAAUGGCAUUUGCUGCUCCAUCAACACCGAAAAUCAGUAAAUUUUUGCUUAACCAUGGAUGCGUCAACGGCAAUGUGGUAUAUGCUCAAGUUCCAGCGCAAACGCUCACCUCAGCUCCUCCAGGGACGGUUAUAUUAGCACAAACAGUUAAUGUACGGACACCGCAACACCUAUCUCAACGAAAUCAGCAAGCGGCACAAUCAGUGCAACAAAACAGUUCGCACCCAAAUUUAUCGGCUACUAUGCAUCAAAUGUUAGAGUUAUAUUAUACGUCUCUUUGUGAACCCGCUUUUCCUGAGCCAGGCGAGAAGAGUACUUUGGCAUCGCCUCAGCACUAUUUGGAUCAAUAUCAUAUGUUGCACCAUCAAGCUGUAACUAAACAGCAACAGCACGGUAAUCAGUCGUUACCACAGUCAGCAUCAUGA